AUGGCUACCCAUUUUCGAUACGGCCUGCUUCUGAUUGACAUUCAGCAAGGAUUUGACCAUCCAACACACUGGGGCAAAUCGAGGUCGACACCAGACUUCGAGACGAACGUCGCCUCCAUUCUCGAUACAUUUCGAGCAAAAGUAGAGCCUGCAAACAUCUUCCAUGUUUGCCACCACUCUACUUCUGCAGCGUCUCCUUUACACCCUGUCCGCGGAAACGUCGCCUUCCAGCCUUACGCAGCCCCUCGACCCGACGAGCCAAUUUUCUCCAAAAGUGUCAACUCCGGCUUCAUCGGCACCAACCUCGAAAAUGCCAUUCGCGAACGGAAGAUCACAACUCUUGUUGUCGUAGGUCUUACAACAGAUCAUUGCGUCAGCACUACCGUUCGCAUGGCCGCAAAUCUCCACGUUGUUUCCGACAUCAACGAGCUGAAUCCCGGCCGCAUUCUGUUGAUCAAGGACGCUACCGCAACGUAUGAAAAGACGAUCGACGGGAAAUCCUACGACGCUGAGCUUGUCCAUUCAGUCCACCUGGCCAGUCUCAACAACGAAUUCUGCGAAGUCAUGACUACAUCUGAAAUGAUUUCAGAAUGGAGGCUCACUUGA